UAUAUAUUACUCAUGUGUAUUUGACAACUGUUGCUGUAACAUCGUAUAGAAAUUAUUUAAAAUAUUUUUUAUCAUUAUAUAUUAUACUAUAUAUUAAACUACUAUUAAAAAAAUAGAAUUAUAAAGUUAUAGAACUAUUUAAAAUCAUUGUUAAAAUGAACAAAUUAAUUUUUCUGAUUGUUAUUUUGUUAACUUUAUUAAUUAAUCAAGGAGAAAGCUUAUAUUGUUAUCGCUGUGAUAGCAAUCAUCCUGGGUGUGGCACACUUUUGAAUUGGUUAUGGUAUUGGGGAGAAACAUGUCCAGAAUAUGAUGACAAAUGUGUAAAAAUUAUUGAAAGAAAAGGAGCUGAAACAAUGAUAACACGUGAUUGUUUAAGCUCUGUUCGUAGUUUUAGAACAGAUAUUCCAGCUGAUCGGUAUGAAGGUUGUCGACCAGCUGCAAAAGAUGUCAGAUUAGGACAUUAUGUAAAUAAUUCUAUUUGGCAAUUAGAUAUUCACAGAGAUUAUUAUGAUGAAGUAACAUGGUGUUUCUGUUAUUUUGAUCAUAGAUGUAAUAAUUCUAAUAAUAUUAAUAUUUCAAUACUAUUGUUAUUUAUAGGUAUUGGAAUACAAUAUGCAAUAUAAAACAUUUAUAAGAUAUUAAAUAUUAAAUAUAAAUAUAAAUAUUUAAUAUUUAAUAUUACAUAAAUAUUAUA